GCGAAGAAGAAGUCCACCGGAAGCGACUUCCUUCGAGCACGCCUCGUGUCCGGCCUUUCCAGCGGCGCACUGAGAGAAACAUGGCCAAGAUCAAGGCUCGGGAUCUUCGCGGCAAGAAGAAGGAUGAGCUGCACAAACAGCUGGACGACCUGAAGAACGAGCUGUCGCAGCUCCGCGUGGCCAAAGUCACCGGCGGUGCGGCCUCCAAGCUGUCCAAGAUCCGCGUUGUCCGCAAGUCUAUCGCCAGAGUCCUGACUGUCAUCAACCAGACGCAGAAGGAGCAUCUGAGGAAGUUCUACAAGGGCAAGAAGUACAAGCCCCUGGACCUGAGACCCAAGAAGACCCGAGCUCUGCGGCGCCAGCUCACAAAGCACGAACUGGGCCUCAGGACCAAGAAGCAACAGAGAAAAGACCUGCUCUACUCCAUGCGCAAAUUUGCAGUCAAAGCAUAAGUGUUUUUCUGUUGACCAAUAAAACCUGUUCAAGACAA